UUUCCAGACCAAAGGAAGUCAUUGAAACUGAAAUAAAUAGCUUGUGAUGAUAAAAAAUAAAAUAAAAUUUGUUUGCUUAGUAAAUGAUGUUUUGUUCUGCAGUGUUGAAUCAGACAAGAAAAAAGAUGAAUGUUAGAAAAUAUUUGUUGGUACAGAAAAAAGAUUACAUAAUGUUAUUAAGGAAAAUUAUAGACCUUGUACUAUUAUCUCUCUCUGUAUCUAUCUUUGUAUCUGUUUAAUUUCUAUAUACAUGCAUCUAAUUAUAUAUCUAAUGUGCUAUAGCAUUUUCUUGGCAUGAUUUAAUCUUAAGAUUUUCUUUUUGAAGCACAGCAUAUAUGAAUACUUUCAUAACAUCAUGACUAAAUUUUGACGAUUUACCAUGACUAAUAGCUAUCUGAUGCAGAGACUCUACACAUUUUUAGAGGAAAGAAAAAGAUUGCAGCAAUUAUAAAUUUACUUCUAAGCCAAUAAACAGAGGUUAAAGUUGUAUUGUAAAGGGGUAGAACAGGCCUCGCCCUACUUUAAAGCAUAUAGAAAGACUUCUAUGUUGAAAUCAGUACAAAUACCUGGAAUAAUAUUCAAUGAAAAGAUAAUGUCUUAUCUUCCAUUUGACUGCCAUUGCCUUCUGAUUGUUCAUUUAUGAAUCACAAAAAAAUGUCAUAUGUAAAGAGUGGGCAAGUUCUUUAGAUAUAUUUUGAAGUAUGAUUGUUGGUUUGUUUGUUUAUGGUUUAUGGCCAUUUAGAAAACAUGAGAAAAAGAAUAUGAAAAUUGUAAUUGAAUUAUUACUUUAAAUAUUUCAUUUUAAGAAAGUGAAUUCUGACUAUAUUGAGUAUUGUGAAUUGUUAAUCAAUAAAUCAAGGGGUUGGGCUAUGCUAUGAUGGAUGUUUUAAAUUUAGGGCCUUAAGAAAAAUAUUGGUGAAAGUAUCCCUUUUUACUUUAUUAAUUCUUAAAUAGACUAUUUAACGAGAGAAGUAUCUCUUUCCUCAUUUUCUGUGGCAUGCAGGACCUUCACAUAGAGCAAGUCACUAAUACUCAUAUUACCUGCCCAAUACCAGAUGAGAGGUUUAAAAUUCGGUUUUGGUUGUAGGCUUUGUUUUUCUUUUUUCUUUUUUUUUUAGGAUGGAGUGACAACUCUUUCUACCUUGUCUCUCUUUAGAUUUCAAGGAGCAUAGUUAUAUGAAAGCUGACUAAUUCUGAGUCUAGAUAAAUAUGUUAUUAAUGCUAAUUUCUCCCUGUCUAAUUUCACAGCAUGAGGAUGCUAUUUUUCUUAACCAGUAUUCAACUUCUAGGUUUGAGAAAGUAAUAUUAAUUUCCUAUAAUCUUCUCUUCCUUGUACAUGGUACUUACUUCAUUGAAAUUAUAUACUGAAAUAUUCUCCUUGUCAAAUUGUCUACUUGUUUUGUAGAGACUAUGUAGAAUGGACUACUCAGUAAAAAUUAGUGGUAAUGACUAUCAUGAAUUUGAUUUUGAUACGCAGAAUGUACUUUUUAAAAAAUAGAUACUACUGGCCUACUGUAUUUAUAUAAGGAAAUAUCUGUUCCUGGCCAACCAGUGAUCAUUGAAAAUUCUAGAUCCACAUAUAAAACUAAGAAAUCCAAUUAACCAAAUAUUUACUAAACACUUAUUAUGUGCAAAGCAUAAUACUUGCACAAUACAAAACUAUAAGAUAAGUAAGACAACACUUCACAUGUAAAGAGUUGACAUUGUAGUGGGACAGCAUGAUGAGUUGUACCUGAGAGGCAAGGACAGAAAGAAUGUGGAUCUGUGUCAAACACAGGUUCUAAUUUAGCAUUGUGUGAGUAACUUAACCUUUGCUUUGGUAUUUCUGCAUUAGGAGAAUAAUUACAAAUAUUGAUCCCUGAGGCGGUUUUUAAUUGAUAUCUUAGUAGACUACAUGUGUAUGUUUUAAAUGCUCAUCAGAGAGUUGUUCUGCAGUUCGAAUGAAGGAGAAACCAUGCUAAAGUGAGAAUUUUUGGAAAUUCUUGGGGAAGAGAUGAUAUUUGAAAUAUAGUUAUGAAGUGCUAUCUAGUUAAAAUUUUAAGAGAUAGAUGUGAAAGCAGAAAAGUUGCAAGUUAAGAGAACUAUGUAAGGCAAAAAGUGAUAAAAAAAAGAGAAUGUAUAAGAAUAGCUGGUAGAAUAUAGGCAGAAAACACUGAAGGAUUUUUAUAGUUUAUGUAGAUAAAAGAAAAGACUUGUUAAAGUCAGAGGAAUGCUUUGAGUAAGUAUAUUAGCUAGUGAACUUUUGGUUGCAGGUGGUAUAACCUGACUCGUAUGGGGUUUAAGCAUGAAAGGAAUUUAUUGGUUCAUGCCAUCUAAAAAUCCCUAAGUAAUAUUGUAUGUGGGCAUCCUUUUGUAAAUUUGCCUCUGUUUUCUUCUGUGCUAGCUUUAUUCUCAGCUGUUGAGCACACAUUGUCAUAGCCUAUUCCCAGCCACGCAUACACUUUUUUCUUGCUAACCUAGAUUUUUUUAGACAUCCACUUGUUCGCAAGAAAGAGGAAGUUUCUGAUUAAUUUAAACCAAUUCUGUUGGCCCCAUUUCCCUUGCCAGAAAUUGUUUUAAGAAUGGGCUUGUGCUACAAUUCUGGCAUAUUGAGCAGAUCACUGAGACCUGCUGGAAAGUUUUCUUCAGUCUAUAAAGUAGUUUCAAGAAAGAGAAAGGUUUUGCCUGUCCAGGAUAUUUUCGCCUGUCCAGGACGGGACAAUGUGACUUGCAGAGUUGCUGUAGUCAUUUUCUUACCAAAGGGUAGAUAAACUGAGGAGAAACGAAAGAAACAAAGAGGUACAAAGAGUCAGGAGAUAUUCUGCUUAUAUAUCCCUGGAGAAUUAUUUGCCUAUGGAUUUCACAUUAUAUAAUUUUUUGUCCUUUAUUUUAUAAGCUAAUUAUGUCAGGAUUUUCAGAUUCUCACAGACCCAUGCAUUCUAAUGAAUACAUUCAGUCAGGGUGAGCAAUCUAAGAGAAGAAGACCUUCUUUUUACCCCCUUUUCCUGGUUAAAGCCCUGAGAUAAUCCCUUUUGGAGUAACUUUUGUCACAUCUCUAUCUCUAAGCCAGUUUUUCUGGAUCUUGGGCCCACCCUAGAGCUGUGUCUUGAGCAGUAUCCUCCAAUAAAUUAUCUAGAUUCAAAAUGAAAACCAGAAAAACAGGAGUUGUUACCAAAGUAACUCCUGCUAAACAGGAGUUGAGCAGAUUCUAGUAAGGCUAAAUCAACAGAUGUUCAUCAUGGUAAGCUUAAAAAAUGAGGAUAUUUUAUCAAUAAUAAUAAUUAUUAAGCAUUUACCUGCGAUGUGACAGAGAAUUUCUAAGUAUUUGCAUAUUUUCUGUAGAAAAUCAUGUUAUAAUUUCUGCUGGUGGGAAACUUGGAAGUUGCUGAGAGGAAGCCUGGGCUACUUGUGGUGGUUCCUCAGAUUAAUCAGGUUGAAUGCAGUGCUUCAAGGUGUUUAUAGAUCAAGUUAGCCUAGGUAUUUUUGACCCAGCAAUGAAUGGUGAAUGAUUAGUCACUAGAAUCUGAAUAAUUAAGCCAAAGUUAUCCCUCAAUUUCUAUUUGGUCAGGAGAGUUAUCCAACAGUCAAUUAGUUCUUACCACAACAACUGCACAAACUGGACUGCAAAGAGACAAAGUGCAGGAAACGUCCACCCAAGUCAGCCGUGCUCUCGACACGUUAGCCUCCGUGUCUCCAGCUCCUGAGCAUCAAUGGUAUUUUUCUCCUCCCCCUUUAAACCAUCCCCUCACAGGGUCAUAACCUAGAUCUUGUUUUGACCAAUUUCUCUAUAUUCAUUACAUUUAUAUUCCACACUUUUGACCAUCGCGUUCUAUUUUUUCAGUGCACUUAGUCUAGUGGUUUAGUUUCAUUAUUGUUCAAGCUUGAUGAGACUCCAAAAUCAAUGGGUUGUUUUCAAUAACUACUACUUCCCACUCACAGCAUUUUAAAAAUUUCAUCUUAACCUGUCUGGAGUCCUUGGUCCAGAACUAUAACCAAUUCUCUUGUAAACAAUCUUAACAAGUUCCCAUUUCCCUUCAUAUUAUUUUCCUGGUCAAACCCCAUUCCCCAUUAAAACCAUUUCUUAUCUUAUGCUACAUAUUAACUUGAGCAGAUGAAUGGGCAGGAUUUAACCACAUUUCUCAUGGUACUUACUCCAAAUAUAGUGCCAAAAUUUCACAGGGGCAAUUACCACUGCCAGACAGUACUACUGCUAUUACCUGGUAAAAUUCCCAUUAAUUGAGAUGACUAUUUAAUACUGUCUCAUCAAUCCUCAGGUCUCCAAAAUCCAUUCUUCACUCCUCAGAGGAUUUCCCUGUCAUGACAUGUUUCAGAGAGAAAAUAUAUGCAAUCAGAUUAAAACUUACUCAUUGAAUUUGCAAUGUCAGCUCUACUAAUAUUAGACCAUCUGCAUCUAUUUUCAUUUUUAUGCUAUCCCUUCUAUUAAUAGAAUAAUCUUCCUAGCACAUAAUCUAAAGUCAAUCCUAGCUACCACUUGUGUCCAGGAUCCCACACAUUCUUUCUCUUCUAAGGACUUACCUUUAGGACUUACUCUAUAUAGGUCCUCCUCAUAGGAUGAGUAUAUGCUGAUCUAUUGGAUUGUAAACAUCAGCAUUACACUAGUGUUUAAUAACAUCCACUAAAACCAAAACAAAACAAACACCUGCCUUUGAACUCAUUUGCUUUCUGGCUACCCUGCUAUUUCAUGACUCCUCUACACAAAAAGUUCAUUGCCUCUAUUUUCUUCCUGCCUCCACUUCCUCACCUCUUAUUCUCUCUUCUUCAAUAGAGCUUUUGUCCUCACAAUUCUAAAGGAGUUCUUAAAACCAAUAGAUGCAAAAGCCAAUAACAUUUUUUUUCAUUCUUACUUGACUUGGCUUCUCUGUAACAUUAGACAUCGUUUACGACUUCUUUCUUCUUGAAGUACUCUCUGGGAUUCUGUGGUACCAUAUUCUCUGGUUUUCUACUCAUUGUAUUGGUUCUUUCUCCUCUAACAGAUGUCUAAGUGCUGAAGUGUGCCAAGGCUCAGUCUUCAGAUCUCUUUUCUCACAUAUCUAUACACACCCUAGUGUGAUAUCAACCCAUCUCCAGUUUAGAUAUUGCCCCUAUUGCCAGAUUCAUUGUAUCCUACCACUUACUUGAUAUGUUUUGUGGUUCUAACAGACAUCUUAAACCUAACAGGGCUAAAGGAAAACUCCUCCCUCUAAAAAAUCUAUUUUUGAUUGAUGUGAAAUCAAAAAAACAGGACAUAAUUUUAGCUCUUCUCUCUCUUGCUUCCACACCCACAUCUAUCAGGAUAUUCUUAUCAUCCACAUGCAAAAUUUCCAGAAUCUCACUUCUCACCAUCAUCAUGUUCUAUCAUCUCUUACUACAGCUACAGGCUCUGACUUAGCUUCCCUGCUACUUUUUGCUCCCUUACAGCUGUUCUUCACAUAGCAGCCAGAAUAAUCUUCCUAAAACAAUAAACAGAUCCUUUUCUCCAUGCUUAACAUUUUAUUAAUUUCCUGAAAUACUCAGAAUAUAAUCCAGACACCUUGUCACAGCCAGCACUUCUUUUUGACUUUAGGGCCUGGACUCAAUAGUAUUCUUCCUGCUGCUUGAACAUGACAAACAUAUUAUCAUCUUAGAACCAUGAUACCUCCCUUUCUUUGUUUGGAAUGCUUUUGUCCUAGUUCUUUGCAUCUUUGUCACCUUGUCAGAGAUGCUUUCCAAACUACCCUGGCUAAAACACCCCAUGCCCUGACUCCCCAAAUCAAUAUCUUAUUUUAUAUAUCCUCUGAUACUUAUAAGUAGAAAAGCAAAAAUUAUUUAUUAUUGUGUUAACCUAUGUAUUAUGUGCUUUCACCUCUAGAAUUUAUACUCCUUGAAGACAGGGAUUUUAUAACUGUUUUUUUCACUGCUAUGCCCCUGGAGCCUAGAAUAGUGACCUAUUUAUUAUUUUAUUCUUAGUACCCAGCAGAGUGCCUAACAUAUCACAGAUGCUUAGCAAAUGUAUAUUAGAUAUAUUACCCUAAAAUUCUCACAUAGUAUUGAAAGUAAUUGUCCCCAUUAUAAUUCCUAUUUAGGAAUAUUUUUAAUGGGUAAAAAGCAACAGUAACAAGGAUAAAGACAAUAAUAAUAGCUACCAUGUAUUGGAUACCUAAACUAGGUGGCAGGGAUUGUUCAAAACACUUUUUGUGAAAAAUUGCAUUUAAUAUUCACAGCAAACCUAUGAAAUAGGAACUAAAAUUACCUAUUAUCAUUUUACAAAUGAGGAAAGAGGCUUAGAGAAGUUCACUAACUUUCCCAAGUUCACACAGUUAAUGAAUGGCAGGAUAGAGGUUUUAAUCCAGUCCUGUAUAGAACCAGGGCAACAAUCCUACUCUGCUGUGUUAGUAGUCAAGAAAGUAGCCACUUCAUACAACUGCAGAAUCAAAGGAUGUGAAGGGACCUGAAACUGAUCUGAUCCUCCGCCACACUCCAGCUGAAUGAUUGUUUAGUCUCUGAGUUUAGAUCUGUCUAUCUAUAAUUUCCACCCAUUGGUCCUAGUUUCACCCCUUGUUUCAGAGACAUGGUUGUUCAUAGUAACUCAUUUAUUUUAACAUAUAUAGGUAUUUUUCAAUCAGGUGUCUGUAAAUGCUGGUGGCAUUUGAAAAUCUAAGUAAACUGUAAUAGUUCAAGACCAUUUCAGAGACGAGGAAUGAGUAAAUAUUAACAACCCCUUGUGCUUGGUUGGAACUUGAAAGGACUGCCUAACAUCAAUGAACAAGCUUCUGUCAAUCACAAUCUAGACCAGAUUAGUCUUAAAGUCCAAAGAAGAACCAAAGUUCACCUUAGUGCAGAAGUUUCUGUUAGUUUUUCUGCUUUUUGUUUCCAAGUUUAAGGAAAAGAAAAUGAUGAAGGAGAAAGAGAAAACCAUUGCUAUUGUGAAGGUUAUAGACACUUCAAAGUUAAAACUGUUAUCUGGAAGUAUUUUGGAUGUGUAUAGUGCCGAGAAGGGAAUUUCACCAGUUAAGAUGGGACUUACAAGUGCUUCCUGUCCAAGUAGUCUACCAAUGAAAAGAGAAAUUACAGAAACUGACACUAGAGCUUUGGCAAAAGAGAGACAGAAAAAGGACAAUCACAAUCUCAUUGAAAGAAGAAGAAGGUAUAAUAUUAAUUACCGAAUCAAGGAGCUUGGCACUCUUAUUCCAAAGUCUAAUGAUCCUGAUAUGCGCUGGAACAAAGGAACCAUUCUAAAAGCAUCAGUGGAGUACAUCAAGUGGCUACAAAAAGAACAACAGAGAGCCCGAGAAUUAGAACACAGACAGAAGAAAUUAGAGCAGGCUAACAGGCGACUUCUACUACGAAUUCAGGAACUAGAAAUACAGGCUCGUGCUCAUGGUCUGCCAAUCCUAGCUUCACUUGGCACAGUUGAUUUAGGUGCUCAUGUCACCAAACAACAGAGCCAUCCUGAGCAGAAUUCAGUAGACUAUUGCCAACAGCCGACUCUGUCUCAGGGGCCAAGCCCAGAGCUCUGUGAUCAAGCUAUGGCCUUCUCUGAUCCUUUGUCACACUUCACAGAUUUAUCAUUUAGUGCUGCUUUGAAAGAGGAACAAAGACUGGAUGACAUGCUAUUGGAUGACACAGUAUCUCCGUUUGGAACAGAUCCUCUGCUAUCUGCCACUUCCCCUGCAGUUUCCAAAGAGAGCAGUAGGAGAAGUAGCUUUAGCUCAGAUGAUGGUGAUGAGUUAUAAGAAAUAAACAGGCUCUGUUCAUCAACUGGGAAACAGUUCGACGCUGGUGCUAUGCAGUUAUGUUCUGUGUUACACAUUUUGCUUUGGCUUAAUUUUUCCAAAAGAAGUAUGUCAUUCAUGAAAAACUGAUUGAUUAGAAGCAACAGAAGCAUUUGCAGGAAGAAAAAACAUGGUAUUAAUUAUUAAGAGCUAAAAAAUUUAUUUUCCUUUUGGACUACAGAGUUUAAAUCCACUUAAAUUUUGGUUUCCUGGAAAGAGGUACAGCAUAAGAAAUACCUCUUUAUUGAUGUUUUUAAAGUAGCAACUUAGCUGUGUACUAUUGGAAAACAACUGCAAAGUGUAAAUCAUCUGAAACAUACAAACCUUCCCUUAGUCUUUCACUUCCAUCCUCUCUUUAACUCUCACAACAUCAGUUUUCAAGAAUCUUGAUCAACAUACCUCGUGGCCUCUGCCUUUCUCCAUUUUCUGGUGGACACAUAAGUUCAACCCUUCUAGAGGAAAUAAUUCCAAAGUAGGUUAUCUGUCAUUUAUAACUGAAAAGUGAAUUUACAAUAAACAUGAGAAUUUUCCAUAAUGCAAUACAGAAAAUUUACAAAAACAUUGUUUACUAAAAUUAGAUCCUCAUUCCUUUAGUUGGUUCCAUUAUGCUGAUUCUAAAAGCAUCUCUGCAUAUUUAUAUAUCCAUGUUUGGUUCCAAAAGAAGAACGCAUUAAAUGUUUUUCUCAGGAAUGUACUCUAGAAUUUUAUUCCUUCACACAAACAUACACUCACACACAUGCACACAGAAUGUUCUUUCUUUUUCUUCAUUCUUCUUAUAAUAUAAUAAGCAUUAGAAGCAUGUUCCAAAUCCUCUUUUAUUCAUCAAGAAAAGAUGUGAGAUAAUCAAUUUCAGUAAACAAAAUAUUCAAAGGUCCUCCUACUAUGACAAUUUUUGAGGUGUUUAAAACUUCUCAUCAUGUCCUAUAUUGGAUAUAGACUAAUUAAUUGUUGGUACACUUUUUGCUCCAAUUUGACAAAAUAUUGACAAUGGUAUUGCCAACUGACAAAAUCAUUAGUAAAACAGAAACUAUUUCCUAUUACAUUCAGUUCUGCAUGGAGGAUAAAGUUCAACCUACAAUUCUGAGUAGAGAAUAAUGUUCUAUUCCCAUAAGUGCUUAGUACUUGCUCUGUGAUCUUUGGUUGCUUUGUAAGCACUGAUUGUAAACAUUUAUAUCUAUGAUGCUUCACUAAGAUUUUUAUCUCUUAAGCUUGUUUUAUGUUUGGGAAUUGAGUUAGUAAGCAUGUUGCUCUAUGCUCGACCUCCAUGAAUGCUCAUCCAAUUGAUGAGUAUUUAUGGAGGGAUACGGGAUACUCAGAAUUGCAGUGUGUCCUGUGAAAAUGUGCAACAGAUGAGCAAGAUUUGGUCUUACUCCUAAGGAGUUAACAAGACUACAUGAGAAACAACAACAACAAAGCAUAGAAGACAUAUAAAGUUGGAAUUUAAGAUUAAGUUAUAAAUACAGAAGGUUGAAGAUUAUGAAAAUGAAAGACAAAGUCUAUGGGGACAACAAAAUUUAACUUCUCUUUUAGAGGCAUACAUUAGGUGAAAAGAAGGGCAUAUAAAGGAAUAAUAUUAACCAAAUGAUAAAGGUGAGAAAAAGUUGGAGAAAUAUCUUCAUGGGGCAUUCAAUAGAAAGAUCUGGGGCCCUAGAAAAUACCUGUUGAGGUAUUCUGGAAAAUGAUAUUGGCAACAUGUUGUGGAGGCCCUUGAAAACUAGGGUGAAAUCAUAUAGUAGAAAUUAAAUUUUUUACCAGAAGGGAGAAGCCUAAAAAUAAGAUAUAAUAAUAACUUGAUUAUGAUGUAAUUGUUAUUAAUAUUAAAUUUGGGGAUAAAUUGUUGAAGAGGCCUUUUAGGUAUUUCUCACAUGGAAAAUAUGUCAUCACAAAAUUUGAAACCCUAAUGUUGUUAAAAGUGGAGGAAUUGUAAAUCCUUAUGGCCUACUUAUUAUCUCAUGCUUAGUUUGUAUUGUUAGCUCAGACUUUGGAGAAUUAACAUGAUUUUCAUUGUUUGACAUGGAAAAAUAAUUACUAAUUUCUAGGAAUAGUCAUUAAAGCCAGAUAGGUAAAGUCAUCUGAAAUUAGCCAUGUGAAACAGAAGAAUUAGAUACACUUUCUCAAUAAUUUUCAAGAGGAAAUUAUAUACUUUGAACGUAUUGCAAAAUUCCACUUUACUAUCUGAGUUGAAAAUUUGAUUUAACAUUGCUAAUCAUAGAGAAGGAAUAUAUUUUAGGAUUCAUGGAAAACACACCAUUCUAGAUAGAGACUGAUUUCUGUUCUCAUUUUGUUCACUGUUCUCAUUUCUUCAUAUUCUGAGAAGACUUUCACUGAUGAUGUCAUUACUUUGUUAUCAUUUUCCAUGCUGUUAAAGUAUUACUACUUGGCCCUGAAACCUAUUUCUAAUAAUCUUGGCUGACAAAUAACUUGGAAUAGGAUGUUGCAGAUUGGACACGAGAUCUGGAUAGGGGACUAAUAAUUGCUGCUACAUUCAGAUUAUGAGAUGUCAGGGAAUCAUAAAAUGGGUAAUGGAUUUUUAAAGAGUAAAGAGUGGUACUGUGUCCCAGUCAACUGAAAUACAUUAAAAAUUAAUUAGAUAGACAGUAGUUAUUAAUUUUUUAAGCAUGAUAUCCUGAGAAUCUAGUCAAAGUUAUAGACUGUCUCCCUAGAAAAAAUGCAAAACAAUAUGUAUAGACAAUAAUUUGCAUGCCUCCAGAGGUCUUAGGGGCCUCUGGAAUGGAUCCCAGGUGAAAAAUUUUCAUUUCAGGUCAGGAGGUCUGUUACUUUAAUAGAUAGUUCCUUAGCUAUGUAUCUAUCAGGAAAUAGGUGUUUGGUUAAAUUCAUAUAUAAUGAUAGAGGAGGGAGUCCUACUUGUCAUUAUAAUUAUCCCAAUCCUAAUAAUGAUAAAGUUGCAUAGGAAAGUAAAAGUUUACCAAACACUAGAUUAUUUACUAAAAAAGCUAUUCCCUUAUAAAGUAGUCCCCUUCUGAACACCUCCUUCCCCCUCAACAAAUUAUACCUCCUGUGUAUUAUAUACUUAUGGGUCAGUUUCUCUAUAAUUAUUGAAUGCUGUAAAUAAACAUCUGACCAUAACAUUUUGAAAUGAUGCAAAUAAAUUUCAAAGUUAAAAUACUGUAAAUUUAGAAGCCAAUUUAUAUAUCUAAAAAUCAAGAUAGACCCUUAGGAUAAUUGACGAAUACCUAGAAUACUUUUGCAUAAAUGAAACUUCUCACAACAGUAAAAGAGGUAUAUUGUUCAUCAAACAAUUUUGUCACGAAAAGCAUCAACUAUUUCAGGAAUAUUAAUACACAAUUAACCAAGCAUUAUUCAUUCAAAAAAUAAUGCAUAAUUGCAAUUGUAAUAAAAAUUCAUUAAAAGUAAGAUAAAAUCAUUUUAUUAUUUUUAGCUGUCUUUUCAAGAUAAUGCCCUAUCCAAUCUUUUUCUCUAUUUAUUAUAAAAUGUUGGCUGCUUAUUGGUGGAUUCACAUUAAGCAGCCUUUUCCAACUCCCAACUAUCUUAAACUAAUGAACACCUCCUGUCUCUUUAUGUUUUUUUUUUUUCAUUUUAGUGUUAUUUCUUCUUGAACUUUUCUUAUAUCUGCUGGAUAAUACAUGUACAGACCAUAUUUCUUCAACUUACAGAAGUGUCAGUGACCAUAUAUUUCUUUCUGUAGGUAACAAGUACUAAAUAACAAAUAGCCAGAUAAACUGGGGACAUUGAGAAAUAGCCUUCCUCUUUCUUCUUUUUCAAGUCAUUUUUUCCCACCCAAAUGACUAUAAAUCAAAUAUGUAAUAAUUCUUACUUAAAAAGAGUAGACACAACAAAAUUGUUAAUAUGAUGUGCUCAUUUACCAUAAUUUCAGGGAGAAGUAGAUUUCAUAACGUAAAAUGUUUACUUUAUUUUCACUUUUACUUUAAUGGACUGAGUUAUAUUGGAAUUUUCUUAUGCUUAAAAGUAUCAUGAAAUUUUUUUUUCUGUUCUGAUAUUGUGAAAUUUAAAUAUUCAAAUAAAUAAAUGAAAUUACUAAGGGCUCAAUGUUUUUUUACAAUGUCUCUGGCUUUGUAAAAACAUUUUAGGUAUUUACUGAUCAUCUGAUAUCUAAAAUGUGAGUAAAAACUGGAAUCAAUCAUUUUGAUGUGUUAUCAGUGCUAGAUCAACCAUCUGGGUUCCUUAAAAACACCUGAAGGAUUGAAUUUUGCUUUAGUAUUGAUAAUGGCACAAUCCAUAUGUGUAACAUGGAAUUACAUCAUUUGUUCCUCUAAUGUCCCUCAUGUUGAUAAGUAUGUCAAUUUGAGUUAGUGUAAGUUACAUAGACAGAGAUUUAAUUACAUUUACUUAAUAAAUACUAAACACAUUUGGAGUGUUGCUGAUCUCAUGAGUCAUAUGACCCUCUUGAAAUCAUUGUUCAUUGGUAUUCUAAUAUUUUAUUAUUUGAUUAUUUAUGAUUUUUAAUUUGAAAACAAGGAAACUUGACAAAAAUAGCCUUUCUUAAAAGUUUUUGUGCUACAUUUCAUUUCCCUGUGAGGUUUAUAGAGAAUUUGAGUAUAUAAGAGAUUAUAAGAAAACAGUUAUUUUGAUUUAGGAAAAAAGUCUUCCCCAGAAUUCAAUCUAUUUAAUGAUGAAACACAAUUGUCUACUGCUUUAUAUACAAAAGGGAACUUUUUAUCUUCUUGUAAAGGGAUUUAUAUGUGUAUUUCUACAUAAUCAGAUGAUUUCUAUUGUGCUUUCUACUGAUGAAAUCCUAUAUAAAAUGUCUUUUUCCUACAUUAUCCAACAGGCUUAAAGAAUACAAUUAAAGACUCUUGUGUUUGCAACACUACCUCUUCUAUUCCUGUGCUACCUUUUAUUUUAAUAAUUCUAUAUUUUGAACUUUAUUUUUUCCACAGAAAUAAAUCUGGUCUGUGUGUGAUUUAAGAUGGUAGUUAUAUAUAACCAACAAAAUAUACAAAAGGAUGGGGAGACUACUAUAUUGCUAAAAGAAUUAUAUAAAUCAGGAAGUUACAUAUUGUUCUUUAAAACAUGACCAUUGAUGUUUAAAAGCAGCUAAAUUCAAGGAUCUUAUCUAACAGCGUAGCAGUUGCUUAUGGCAUACAAGGCUAAAAUUAAUUCAGCUAUUUAAUCUUAAUAAUAACAAUGUAGUUAAAAAUCUUUCACUUUAAUAGCAUUUUAUAUAUAUGAAUGGCUGAAGUAACAUUCCUAUAAUUUUAAUCUAACAUUGGUUAGAUCAUGAAAACAUUGUUAAUGUAAUAAGACUGUAGAAUUUGUAAUUAUUGCUAUUUUUCAUUUUUAAUAACAAAGUAAUGUGUCUUAUUUUCUAAGAAAAUGAAGAACAUUGGUGUACUUUAAUACAUACAUGAAUCUUUGUAUAAAUACCUGAAAUGUACUAAUAUUUUCUUUGCAUAUAUUAAAUUAAAAUAUAUAAUUAU